ACGGUCGGCAUGAGGUCAGCCAGCAGCUCCUGGAACAGCGGUACAUUGGUGUUCGAUAGGAUUGUUUACAACAUAGGUGGAGGGUACGACUCAGGCACUGGUGUCUUCACAGCUCCUGUCAAUGGACACUUUGUUUUUUUCGUGAAUGUACAAGCUUAUAGUUCCAAUGCAGUAUACACACAUCUAGUACUAAAUGGCUCGAAUAAAGUCACAACUAUGGCAGAAAAUGGUUCUUACAUGCCAGGACCAAAUUUGGCGGUAUUAGGACUUCAAAAAGGAGAUCGAGUAUGGGUCAAAUAUUACGCCGGGACUGGUUAUUACAGCGACAGUACAGCUCCUGCUACCACGUUCUCUGGAUUCCUUAUUUAA